GGCGGGCGCAGGCGGCAGCGGUGCAGAAGAUGUACGCGGGGCUCCUGGGACUCUCUGCCCUGCUGCAAGCGGCCGAGCAAAGUGCGCGUCUCUGCACCAUUGUUUACCACUUCUCCACAGGUCACCUCCUCUGGGGGUGGCUGGCCCUUUCUCUUCUCCUGCCCGGCAUCCUGGUCCAGGCCCUGAGCUAUCUGUGGUUCCGCGCGGAUGGGCAUCAGGGUCACUGGUGGCUGGUGUCGCUGCAUCUCCUGCAGCUUGGCGUCUGGAAGCGGCACUGGGACUCUGUGGCAGCCGCUCUGUGGAAGGGAAGGGAGGCUCCCUGCUCAGGACAGCUGCACCUGCAGGAGGCUGACCUCUCGGCGCUCCGGCUGCUGGAGGCUCUGCUCCAGACAGGGCCCCACCUGCUGCUCCAGGUGUAUGUGUUCCUAGCCUCUGACUUCACAGAUGUUGUGCCAGGGAUCAGCGCCUUGCUUUCCUGGGUGUCACUGUCCUGGGCCCUUGUGUCAUACAGCCAUUUCCUGGGUGUCAUGAAGACAGGCCACCGCACGAUGCUAUGGGCUGCCCUCUUGUGCCAGCACUUCUGGAGGAUGGGCAUGUUGGGAGCCCGUGUGCUGAGCCUGGCUCUGUUCUGCAGGGUUUACCGUGUUUGGGUUUUAGUGGUUGGAGGUGCUCACUGGCUGGUGAUGUCCUUCUGGCUCGUAGCCCAGCAGAGCGACAUUGUGGAGAGCACCUGCCACUGGAGGCUCUUCAACCUGCUGGUGGGGGCCGUGUACAUCCUCUGCUAUAUCAACUUCUGGGACAGCCCUUCCAGGAGCAGAAUGGCCAGCUUCUACUUGGUCAUGCUGCUGGAGAACUCCAUCCUCUUGCUAUUGGCCACUGACUUUCUGCAGGGGGCACCACGGACCAGCCUGUGGACUGUGGCGGGAGUCUCGUCUGGAUUUCUGAUUGGAAGUGUCUCGCUGGUUCUUUAUUAUACCUUGCUACACCCCAAAGCUGCAGACAUCCAGCAGAGCUUCCAGAGGAGAUGCUGUGGCCCCAUAGAGAAUGACAAAGCUGAAUCAGAGGCUUCUCCCAGGGCUGUGGUUCCAGCAGGGGGGAGGUCAGAGAGCUCAGGCUGGUGCCAAGAGGAAAGCUAUGAGCUAACCAGUCUAGAUAAGGCCUCCAGCCCAGAGCAGAGUACAGCAGAGGUGGGGCUGGGGGAUGGGAGAUCCGGGGAGUAUUCCUUCUUUAGCCACCACCACUGGCUGUUGGUGAAACUUGCUCUCAAGACAGGAAGUGUAUCUAAGAUCAACGCAGUCCUUGGAGGUGACAGCCGUGGCUACUCCUGUUCCCCUGUGUUGGGGUCGAGUCAACACUGUAAUCUGCAGAGGAAGCCCCUGUUUUCCCAGAAAGAUCUCCCAUCCUCUCCUUGUGACCCUUUGACCUUGGAGAAAGGCUCUGAGUUCCCAGGUGCUCCGAAAGCAGAGAUGGAGUCACUGGAAACUUCAAGCUUUGUCUCCUUUGCCAGCGAGCAUGAGGACAACUCAACCACCCAGAAGCCACCAGCUCCACAGGAGGUAGACAACCCAAAGGAUGGGACCAAGGCUGACCUGGAAGCCCAGGGGAAGGAUGUGGAUGGGCCUCUGAAAGGGGAGGAAGGACAGGCAAGCACAACACUGUACUUCAGUGCCACCAUGGAAAGGACCACGCCCUCCUACCAAAAAGGCAGCCCAGUGGCCCUGCAGGCAUCCCACUCAGGGACACUGAGAGAGUGUGGGCCUGUGCAGCCUGCUUCGCCCCAGGCAGCCACUAAGCCCUUUCCUGUCACCAUGGCCAACAUUAGUCCCAUUCCUGGCAGAAACUUCUGCCCCAAUGCAGGCCUCCCUGGGCGAGCCCCAGAUAGCUCAGAGUGUGAGGAGUGGAGGGAGCCUGCCAAGGACCUAUGUGCACAGAGGUCAUUGCCAGGGACGAGCCUGAGACCCGCUGAAGAGCCGCGAUUCACAUCGACCCCUAAGUCUGAGUCUAUCCAGAGGGACCAUAGCUGCAGAGACAGGAGGAAACAGGAAGUGAGUUUCUUCAUCUGAUCUUAGCCGGGGUGGAACGGGUUGAAACAUCAGACUGGCAGUUCAGCAUCGUGGGAAGAGAAAAAGCCCACACCUGAUGCCUGUGUCCUACUUCUGAUCUCUGCCUGCGCACCUGAAGAGAUGAAGGAACAGGAUGGGAUGAUGUCUAAAAUCUCGCCCCGCCCCACCCACCCCACCCAACGUAUGCGCAGCAGAGAGUCAAGUGCCGUGGCGACAGGCAAAAGGGUUUCCGGCUCCUUUUAUGAGGUGCAUGAGCCCCAGCACAUCUCUCUUGUCUGCGACUUCCUGGAAAUGCAAAAGGAAAACUUGGAGACCAGUUUCAUCCCAGACUCUUUGUAAUUACAUGUUCUUCACAUGGGACGCUUAUUAAUCACUUGUUAAAAAUGCUUUGGGGAGGUGGAGAUAUGGCUCAGCAGUUAAGUUACGCUAUUCCAGAGGACCCUGGUUCAAUUCCAUGGAAACUCAUGAUCACCUGUGACUUCAGUCCCAGCGGAGACGAUACGCUCUUCUGGCCUCUGUGGACACUACACACACAUGGUACACAGACACACAUGCA